GGGCGCCAAAGGAAACUAAAGAACAACAAAAAGGAAAGAAUCUGCAUAUUAUAGAAAAGGAAGGUAUUCAAAACCAAGGAAUUGGCAAUCAAAAUAGGAAAUAUCUGGAUCAACCAAAGGUAUGGCAAGGGGUGCAAAAGCAAGGAAUAUGGAUACCAAAUCAGUCGCAGAAGGAAAGAUUUGACAAAUCAGUGCAAGGUGUAGCUGGAAAGAUUGUAGGGAAUGUUCUGAAAACAACCCCCCCCCUUUUUGGAGAUAGGAGAGCAUUCAGGGAAGGAUAUGGAAACCUCUAA